GCGCCGGCGGGCGUGCCUGGAAGCGCGGCCACGCCUGGCCAGACCACCAUUUCCCCGGCGCAGCGGCGCGGACCGGCGGGCAGCGGCCGCUUGAGCACCGAGGGCGGCUCCUAGUCACCCAGCGCCGGCCGGCCAGCAUGAGCGUGCGCUCGGAACGCGGGGCGGCCGCGGCCCCCGGAGCGGUGCCUGCGCCCUGCGCCUCGAAGGUGGAGCUGCGGCUCAGCUGCCGGCACCUGCUGGACCGCGACCCGCUCACCAAGUCCGAUCCCAGCGUGGUGAUGCUGCUGCAGUCUCAGAGCCAGUGGGUGCAGGUGGACAGGACCGAGGUGGUCCGGAGCAGCCUGCAUCCCGUGUUCUCCCGGGUGUUCACGCUCGACUACUAUUUCGAGGAAGUGCAGAAGCUGCGCUUUGAGGUCUACGACACACAUGGGCCUGGCGGCCUCAGCUGCCUGGAGGAUGACUUCCUGGGAGGCACAGAGUGCACCUUGGGGCAGAUUGUGGCUCAGAAGAAGGUGACCCGCCCUCUGAUCCUCAAGUCGGGCAGGAGCGCCGGCAAGUCCACCAUCACUGUGAUAGCAGAGGACAUCUCGAGCAAUAACGGCUACGUGGAACUGUCCUUCUGUGCCAAGAAACUGGACGACAAGGAUCUGUUCAGCAAGUCGGACCCCUUCCUGGAACUGUAUCGGCUCAAUGAUGAUGAGAGUGAACAGCUGGUAUACAGGACCGAGGUGGUGAAGAACAACCUCAACCCCGUGUGGGAGCCCUUCAAGGUGUCACUGAGCUCCUUGUGCAGCUGUGAGGAGACACGGCGCCUGAAGUGCCUUGUCUGGGAUCAUGACUCCCGAGGGAAGCAUGACUUCAUAGGAGAGUUCUCCACGACCUUCCAGGAGAUGCAGGCUGCCUUCCCGGAGGGCCAGGCCCAGUGGGACUGCGUGAACGCCAAGUACAGACAGAAGAAGCGUAACUACAAGAACUCGGGUGUGGUCAUCUUGUCCCACCUGAAGUUCCACAGGGUCUACUCCUUCCUGGACUAUAUCAUGGGCGGUUGCCAGAUCCACUUCACAGUGGCCAUUGAUUUCACCGCCUCCAAUGGUGAUCCCCGGAACAGCUGCUCCCUGCACUACAUCAACCCCUACCAGCCCAACGAGUACCUUCGGGCCCUGGUGGCCGUGGGCGAGGUCUGCCAGGACUACGACAGUGACAAGAGGUUUUCUGCUUUGGGGUUUGGAGCCCGAAUUCCCCCAAAAUAUGAGGUGUCCCACGACUUUGCCAUCAACUUCAAUCCUGAUGAUGAUGAGUGUGAAGGGAUCCAGGGGGUGGUGGAGUCCUACCAGAACUGCCUGCCCAAGGUGCAGCUCUACGGACCCACCAACGUGGCGCCCAUUAUCAGCAAGGUGGCUCGCACCGCGGCUGCCGAGGAGCGCACUGGGGAGGCCUCCCAAUAUUACAUCUUGCUCAUCCUGACGGACGGUGUGGUGACAGACAUGGCAGACACGAGGGAGGCCAUUGUGCGCGCUUCCCACCUGCCCAUGUCCAUCAUCAUCGUGGGCGUGGGCAAUGCCGACUUCACGGACAUGCAGAUCCUGGACGGGGAUGAUGGUGUCCUGCGCUCCCCGCGUGGUGAGCCCGUGCUCCGGGACAUUGUGCAGUUCGUCCCCUUCCGCGAGCUCAAGAAUGCGUCCCCCUCGGCACUGGCCAAGUGCGUGCUGGCUGAGGUACCCAAGCAGCUGGUGGAGUACUACAGCCACAAGGAGCUGCCACCACGAGGCCUCAGUACCCCCUGCCAGGAGGCAGGCCCGGGCCUGGCCCCCUGA